GCAUUUGGGACGGGUGGUUUUGAGGGAGAACCUAGUUUGAUGGAAGAACUCGAAAUCAACCCCUCUCACAUCCUUCAGAAAAGUCUCACGGUACUUAACCCAUUGAGCAAAGUAGAUCAACAUAUAAUGGACGACGCGGAUCUAGCUGGUCCAUUAGUUUUUUGUCUCGCAUUCGCUUUCUUCUUACUACUUUCCGGAAAACCACAAUUCUCUUACAUAUACGGAGUCGCCCUUCUCGGUACAACAGCCAUUUAUCUUCUCCUGAACGUCAUGUCCGACAUCCCUAUCGACGCUUAUCGUACCGCAUCCGUUCUCGGUUACUGUCUCUUACCCAUGGUAGGCGUAGGUGGUAUUGGUAUGGGAGUAGGGAUAGAUCAUCCACUCGGUUAUCUUCUCAGUGUGGGGAGUAUCGUAUGGUGUACUCAUAGUGCCAGUGGGAUCUUCGUGGCGGUUUUGAGAAUGGACAGACAAAGAUUAUUGGUUGCCUAUCCUGUUGGAUUGUUAUAUGGUUGUUUUGCUCUAUUGAGUAUAUUUACA